GACGAGGGAGGGAGGGGGGUUGAUAUACGCCGAGGCUGAAAUCGAGAGGCGAACCCAGGGAAAGAGGAGUAAUCUGCACACGGGACUUUCCCCCUCUUAGUCCCCCAAAAGGAGGGGGAAAAGUCGCAAUAUUGGACGCGAAGAGGAAUGAGCUUCUGACGGCGUGAAAACGUCUGCAACUGUGGAUACUUUAUAUAUUUUUAUUUCGAAAAAAUAUGGCCGAGAACGUUCUGGACUCUGGCCCGCCUUCAGCCAAGAGGCCUAAACUCUCCUCUCCGGCACUUUCCGCCUCCGCCAGCGAUGGAAACGAUUUUGGCUCACUCUUUGAAUUGGAGCAUGACCUUCCAGAUGAGCUCAUCAGCUCCAAUGACUCGGGACUGGUCAAUGGCGGGGAUCUCAACCAACUGCACACCACUCUGGGAGGAGGACCUGGAGGGCUCGGUCCUGGUGGAGGGUCGGGAGGAAUGGGUCUUGGUCUUGGCCCUGGAGGGGGUGUUGGAGGCCAGGAUGCGGUGGCCAAGCACAAACAACUGUCCGAGCUUUUGCGGGCAGGGGCGCCAACUUCAGUCCAACAAGGACACCAAGGAACCAUGAGCAGCCAAGGAGGUCCCACUGCCAUGGGGCAACACUUGGCGAACAUGAAAGCAUCCCCUGGUCAAGGACCUCAGCAAAUGAUGGGGCAGCAGCAGCAACACCUCUCCCCUCAACAACAGGCCAGCAUGAUGCAGCAGCAACAGAAUGCCGCAGCUGGAAUGAUGGGUGGCAUGAACAGGGCCAUGAUGGGAGCACAGCAGAAAGGCAAUAAUGGACAGCAGCAGCCAGGAAUGAUUGGGAACCAGGUGAUGAAUGGCUCCCCUAGGAUGGGCUUUGGGAAUCAGGGGAUGGGCGGCAACAGCAACCUGUUGGCUGAGACGCUACAACAGCAGGGAGCUGGUGGACAGGCUGGGAUGAGAGGCCAGCAGCCUGGAGCAAUGAACAAGAUGGGGAUGAUGGGGAACCCAGGGGGUCCUUUUGGAGGUCCUUAUGCGGGGCAGGGGAAUCAAGGUCUGGGAGGCGCAGGGCUGGGCCCUCAACUCCAGAACAAGGGCCCCAUGGCCAACAGCCUGGCCCCGUUCAAUGUAGACAAGAAGAACCAGCCCCUGCAAGGAAUGGCUGCUAUGGGCUCCCAGCAGUCACAGGCAGGUGUGGGCGGUCCCUCUGGUGCACCUGUGGGAGGGGCCCCGGGGAUGGUGCCCAACGCUCAGGCAGGUCUAGUUGGUCCUGGUUCACAGGUUUCUGCAGCAUCUGCUGCAGCUGGUGCACCUCCCACAGCUGACCCGGAGAAACGCAAGCUUAUCCAGCAGCAACUGGUACUCCUGCUCCACGCACACAAGUGUCAGCGGAGAGAACAGGCCAACGGUGAAGUGCGACAGUGCAACCUUCCUCACUGCCGCACAAUGAAGAACGUUCUCAAUCACAUGACUCACUGCCAAGCUGGCAAGUCCUGUCAGGUUGCACACUGUGCAUCAUCGAGGCAGAUCAUCUCUCAUUGGAAGAACUGCACGCGGCACGACUGUCCCGUCUGCCUGCCUCUGAAGAACGCUGGGGACAAGAGGAACCCUCAGUGUGAGUCUCUACUCAGUGCGGCCAGUGCAGGUCUGGGCAGCUCUCUUGGGGCUGUUGCCGGUGGCCAGCCAAGUGCUCCGAACCUCAACCCACCGAGCCAGAUUGACCCCAGCUCCAUAGAAAGAGCCUACGCUGCCCUGGGCCUCACCUACCAGGGCAACCAGGUCCAAGUUCAGACUGCCCAACCCAACAUGUCAAACCAAGGCCUGCAUGGCCAGACCGGCAUGAGGCCUCUGAAUUCAAUGGGUACAAAUCCCAUGGGAGUCAAUGGAGGUGUGGGAGCUGCAUCUCAGAGCCAACAAGCCAACCUUCUACAGGAUACCAUGAUGCACCUGAAUGUGACCAGCCAAGGUCUGAUGAAUGAUGUUGGUGGGGUCGGCUCCUUGCCCACAGCAGCCCCGCCCUCUGCUGCAGGCAUGAGGAAAAGCUGGCAUGAGGACAUCACACAGGACCUACGAAACCAUUUGGUACACAAACUUGUUCAGGCAAUUUUUCCGACUCCAGACCCCGCUGCCCUCAAGGACCGGCGGAUGGAGAACCUGGUUGCCUAUGCCAGAAAAGUUGAGGGGGACAUGUAUGAGUCAGCCAAUAGUCGAGCUGAGUACUAUCACCUAUUAGCAGAGAAGAUCUAUAAGAUCCAGAAGGAGCUGGAAGAGAAGAGGAGGACCCGGCUUCAGAAGCAGGGCCUGGGCAUCGGGCCUGCCGGCUUGGGUCAGCCCUCCACUGGACUGCCUACAAACGGUCCCCUCCCUGACCCAUCUCUGGUGCGACCGACUGGACCAAAUCAGAUGGUCAACAGAAUGCAAGGCCCAGGUAUGAAUCAGUUCAAUCAGAUGGGAAUGCAGUCCAUGGGCCAGAGGUCCACGCCUCCACUCCCAAUGGGAGCAUCAGGCAACCAGAUCGGACUGGUUGGAUCCAGGAUGGCACAACCCAAUGUCAACCAGAUACAGAACCAGUAUCUGCCGCAGGGGCAGUUCCCCGGCUCAGGACCCGGUGUUGGUACAGCUCAGCCCGGUAUGGCCCAGCCCGGCACACAGGCAGGCAUGCCACAGACGCAGAUGGGCACUCCUCCUUCUCUUCCAGUUGCUAGUCCUCUAGCACAGCCCGGUUCAGCUGGCGGUAACAGUGGCGUCUCCUCAGUGGGACCAAUGGGUCCCCAGAGCGUGGGUAGUGGAGGUCCCAACUUAGCUGCCGGAGCCCCUCCUUCCUCAAUGACUCCAACUAACGCGAACCAGCAGACCAACUCCAUCCCCCAUCUGGGAGCCAUGCGCGUCAGCUCGCCCUCACCUGCUCAUAGCCGAUCCCCUACCCCUCACCAAACACCCCCCAGACUAGCAGGGUCCCAGACCCCACAACCACACACCCCCAAUGCAUCACAGCUGGCUCCACCACCGACCCCCCAGCAAAACCAACUUGGCCAGGGCCCGGGCUCUAACAAGUCUCUCCAGCAGCAGCAUAUAGGGCCAGCUGGUUCGACCACUCCGUCUCACCCGGGACUGGCCUCCAACUCAUCGCAGCAUGGUGCUCAGCUGCCUCGCACUCCGUUGUCCCAAAAGGGUUCAUUCCCUGUGGAUAGCCAGGCCCUGACUCCAGCCUCUGUCAGCAGCCAGGACACUUCCUCCCAGCAGCCGCACUCAGAAAACAACCUCGACCCCAAAAUGGAGAUCAAGCAGCAGGAUGAGGAGGACGAGAGCGAUGCCGGCAGCUGCUCCAAAGGAGGGAAGCUCAGCAACUUCAAAUCGGAGGAAAAGCCCAUCAAACCGGAGCUGAAAAAGGAGGAGUGCUGUGGAGAGGGAGGUAAAGGUGGUUCUAUGGAUGCAUCAUCAACAAUGCAGAUGUCGAGUGUGAAGACGGAAGACAGGAAACCAGAGAUUAAGAAGGAGGUGAAAGAGGAAGAGGAUACGUCAGAUUCAGCUGUACAACAAGCCUCAGCGAAAAAGAAGAUCUUCAAACCUGAGGAGCUUCGACAGGCCCUGAUGCCGACCCUCGAAUCACUAUACCGUCAAGAUCCAGAGUCGCUGCCAUUCAGAAUGCCUGUUGACCCACAGCUGCUGUGCAUACCUGACUACUUUGACAUAGUGAAGAGCCCCAUGGACUUAUCAACAAUCAAGCGAAAGCUGGACACUGGUCAGUACCAGGACCCCUGGCAGUACGUGGAGGACAUUUGGCUGAUGUUCAACAAUGCCUGGCUGUACAACCGUAAAACAUCCAGAGUGUACAAGUACUGCUCCAAGCUGGCUGAGGUUUUCGAGCAGGAGAUCGACCCCGUCAUGCAGAGCCUCGGCUACUGUUGUGGCAGGAAGUUGGAGUUUUCUCCUCAGACACUGUGCUGCUAUGGAAAGCAACUUUGCACUAUUCCCCGAGAUGCUGCUUACUUCAGCUACCAGAACAGUUCACCAAAAUUUGGGCUUGUUGCUAACAGGUACCACUUCUGCGAGAAGUGUUUCAACGAGAUCCAGGGGGAGACGGUUUCCCUGGGUGAUGACCCCACCCAGACACAGACAUCAAUUAACAAGGAGCAGUUUGAGAAGAAGAAGAAUGACACACUGGACCCUGAACUCCUUGUUGAAUGUUUGGACUGCGGCCGCAGGAUGCACCAGAUCUGUGUCCUGCACCAUGAAACAAUCUGGCCAUUGGGUUUUGUGUGUGAUGGCUGCUUAAAGAAGGCAAAUAAAACAAGGAAAGAAAACAAGUAUUCUUCCAAACGGUUGCCCCAGACAAAGUUGGGCUAUUACCUGGAGACGAGGGUGAACGACUUCCUAAAGCGCAUGAGUCACCCGGAGUCCGGAGAAGUCUUUAUUCGUGUCGUCCAUGUCUCUGAUAAAAUGGUGGAGGUCAAACCAGGCAUGAAGUCCAGAUUUGUGGACAGUGGAGAGAUGUCGGAGUCUUUCCCAUACAGGACAAAAGCCCUUUUUGCAUUUGAGGACAUUGAUGGAGCAGAUGUCUGCUUCUUUGGUAUGCACGUUCAAGAGUACGGAUCUGACUGUCCUCAGCCCAACCAGAGGCGAGUAUACAUCUCCUACCUGGACAGUGUACACUUCUUUCGGCCUCGCUCUCUAAGAACAGCAGUUUACUAUGAAAUCCUCCUCGGGUACUUGGAAUAUGUCAGGAAGUUGGGCUACACCACUGGCCACAUCUGGGCCUGCCCACCAAGUGAAGGGGAUGACUACAUAUUCCACUGUCACCCUGCAGAUCAGAAGAUCCCAAAGCCCAAACGUCUUCAGGAAUGGUACAAGAAGAUGUUAGACAAAGCUGUGUCAGAGCGGAUAGUGCACGACUUCAAGGAUGUUUUCAAGCAGGCAACAGAGGAUCGUUUGACCAGUGCCAAUGAGCUGCCUUACUUUGAGGGGGACUUUUGGCCCAAUGUGCUGGAGGAGAGCAUCAAAGAGCUAGAACAGGAGGAAGAGGAGAGGAAAAGGGAGGAGAACAGCACUUCCAAUGAGAGUAUUGAUGAAACAAAAGGUGACAGUAAAAAUGCAAAGAAGAAGAACAACAAGAAGACGAGUAAGAACAAGAGCAGCUUGAGUCGAGCCAAUAAGAAGAAGCCAGGGAUGCCGAAUGUCUCCAAUGACCUUUCACAGAAACUCUAUGCUACUAUGGAAAAACACAAAGAGGUGUUCUUUGUGAUCCGACUGAGCUCAGCCCCAAUCACAAACGCCUUGCCCCCUAUUUCAGACCCGGAUUCCCUGAUGGCAUGUGACCUCAUGGAUGGCCGUGAUGCUUUCCUGACAUUGGCCAGGGACAAACACCUGGAGUUUAGCUCGCUUAGGAGGUCCAAGUGGAGCUCCAUGUGCAUGUUGGUAGAGUUGCACAACCAAAGCCAGGACCGCUUCGUCUACACUUGUAACGAGUGCAAGAACCACGUGGAGACACGCUUUCACUGUACCGUCUGUGAGGAUUACGACCUCUGCAUCACAUGUUACAACACUAAGAGCCACGUGCACAAGAUGGAGAAGUUGGGUCUCGGUUUGGAUGAUGAAAGCAGCAACCAGGCAGCUGCUACAACUCAGAGCCCUGGAGACUCCCGUCGCCUCAGCAUCCAGCGCUGCAUCCAGUCCCUCGUCCAUGCCUGCCAGUGUCGAAAUGCAAACUGCUCCCUGCCGUCCUGCCAGAAGAUGAAACGGGUUGUUCAGCACACAAAAAGCUGCAAAAGAAAAACCAAUGGUGGUUGCCCCAUCUGCAAGCAGCUCAUCGCGCUUUGUUGCUACCACGCAAAACACUGUCAGGAGAACAAGUGCCCAGUCCCAUUCUGCCUAAACAUCAAGCACAAGCUCCGUCAGCAGCAGCUGCAGCACAGACUCCAGCAAGCCCAGAUGCUAAGGAGGAGGAUGGCCAGCAUGCAGAGAGUGGGCCAGUCUGCUCCUGGAGGAGCUCCUGGGGGCAAUGGUUUACCCUCUCCAGGAGCAAACAAUGGAGGAACUGGUCCUGGAACCCCUACCUCUGUGGGCACUCAGCCUCCUACCCCACAGACACCCACCCAGGGGAACAUGCCUGCCCUCCAUCAGCAGCAGGGAGUUGGGAUGGGGGGAAUGGGAGUUCCAGGCCAGCAACAGCAAGUUUCACAGCAAGGCGGUGCCAUGCCCCCUCAACACCAUCUUCAUCAGUUUCAGCAGGUAGGUGGAGGGGGGGUGAUGAAUUCUCCUCAGCAGCAAAUGAUGCCUCAGCUCCAGCAACAGCCUCCCAAUGUCCAGCAACUUCAGAAGCCACAGCACCCGGGUGGUUUGCCUCCGUACAACCCCAGACCUCCUGGAGCCUCUCCUCUCCACCAGUCACUGGGCAAACCUGGUCUUGGCCCAGCCACCCCACCCCAGCAGCAGCAGCAACCACCCAAUCAAGGACAAGGUUCCAUGCCUGUACAAGGCCAACAGCAAGGCCCCCCUUUGGCUGCUGUAGAGACAGCUCUAAAAAUUCAGCGCCUAGCAGAGACCCAGAGACAGAUGGCCCAGGCCCAAGCCCAGAUCCGUGGCUUAGGUCAGGGUGGCAUGAUGCCAUCACAUCCUCACCACCCGAACACCCAGGCCCAGAUGGGCAUGCCCCACAUUGGGGCCCAAGGCAUGCCCCCACAGGCUCAGGGAGUUGUCGGAAGGACUAUGUUAGACCCCCAGCAGCAGGGAAUGCUAGCAGGGAUGCAGCAAGGUGGCCCUCAGACGCAGUUGCCACCUCAAGUUCAGCAGCAACUCCAGCAAGUUCAGCAGGCAGGCGGUGGACAACUCCAGCCAACAAACCAGCAGUGGGGUGCUGGGGGGCCGGCCAUGAACCCUCAACAACGGUCAGUCAUGAUGGGUCACAUGGCACCGCAGCAACCAGGAGCUGUUCCGCAGCAGCCGAUGAAUCAGCAGCAACCUCAACCUGGAAACCGUGGGAUGAUGCAAGUGAUGGGUGUACCAGGAGGGGCCGCUGGGGCACCUACUCAGAUAGCAGGUGCAGCUGGAACAGGAAAUUUACCACAGGCAGCUCUACAAGACCUUCUGCGAACUCUGCGCUCCCCAAGCUCUCCUGUUCAACAGCAGCAAGUCCUCAGCAUCCUUCGUUCCAACCCAACUCUCAUGGCUGCUUUUAUCAGGCAAAGAGCAGCACGAUAUCAAGGAGGUCAGGGGGGUCCUGGAGGACCAGGAGGUCCUCCACAAGGGGCCCCUGGAGGUGUGAGGUUCCAAGGCGUUCCUGGAGGGCUUCCAGGUGUAGGAGGACCUGGGGCUAACCAGCUUCCUAACAUGGAAGGACAACCACAAGUUAAUGUGAACCAGGCAGGCCAGCCAGGGAUAAACAUGGUUCAGGGCGGAGCACAGGGAGGAAAUAUGCCCACCAUGGCUCAGCUGCAGCAGUUACAACAGCAGCAGCAGCAGCAGCAGCAGCAGCAGCAACAGCAGCAACAACAGCGCCCAAUGUUGCCUGGGAAUCUCCAGCAACAGCAAUUGGCUGCAUUGCAACAACAGCAGCAGCAGCAGCAACAACAACAACAACAACAACAACAAGGAGCAAUGCAAGGAGGGCAACAAGGCACCAUGACCACACAGUUCAGAGAGAUGUUGAUGAUGAGAAGACAUCUGCAACAGCAGCAGCAGCAACAACAACAACAACAACAACAACAGCAGCAGAUGGGAAACCAUGGGCAGUUCCAGCAGCCUCAAGGACUUCAGCAGCAGCAAGGCCAGCAAGGCUUCAUGCAGCCUGGCCAGGGUCAGCCAGGGAUACCCCCCUCUCCCCAACCCCAGCCAGGUGGUGGAGGCGUAGGGGGACCCCAGCAGCAACAAGGAGGGCCACAGGGGGCGCCAGGACAGCCGGGCCAGCAGCAAGGCUACCCCAGCACCAUGUCACAAGUGGCUGCAGCGCUCCAGCAAAGGCUCCAGAUGCAGAUGCAGCAGCAGCAACAACAACAACAGCAACAACUACAGCAGCAGCAGCAGCAAAAUCCAAUGGGUGGACUCCAAGGACAAGACGGAGGGCCCAGUGGAGGAGGAGGACCUGGAGGACCUCCACUUCAGGCUGGACAAGUCGGACCAGGGCAGGGACAACAACAGCAAGGUGGAGGGGGUGGUGGACCCCCACUGCCACAGACGACACAAAGUAUGCUCCACCAGAACAUCCACCAGAGGCUGCUGCAGCAGCAACACCUUGGGGGCGGCUCUCCUGCCCAUCAUAGCAGUCCUAUGAGUCCUCAACAGCAGAUGGCUCAGUCUCCCCACCAUCUCCAAGGUCCAGGCUCCCUCAGCAGUCAGGUGAGGUCGCCACAGCCCUCACCGAGACCACAGUCGCAGCCCCCGCACUCGAGCCCGUCCCCGCGCAUGCAACCCUCAUCCCAACCUCAGCCCCAGCCCUCACCUCAUCGCAUCUCUCCGCAGACCCAGAGUGGCUCACCCCACCCAGGCCACUUAAACCAACAUCACCCCAGCAUGGCGUUGCCCCAACCUCCUCAACCCCAGCAGCAAGUGUUACCUCAGCAGCAGCCGGGUGGUUCAGGAGAUCCCAGUCAGUUCAGCUCUGACCAGAACUCCAUCAUGUCCCAGUUGAGUGGGAUGACAGGGAUGCACGGUGGACAGGGCGGACAGUCAGACAUUUUGGGUGGGAAUAAUAACAACAGCGGUAACAACAACCAGGAGUUGGGAGCGAACAUUAACCACAACAGUUUAGACCUUAUGUAGCCUUGGCUCCAUGUUGUCUUUCUGUCUUGAUGCUCUGAUGAGUUGCCCCAAAUAACAAACAGCCAUGAAAGGAGAGCAGGACGGGACUACGGCUUUGGGGUUUUAGAAGUUUUUAUUUUUUAUUUAAAUAUUUUUGUGAUGUAUAAAUAAGAACUGAAGCUUCCUUCUUAUGGGAGAUCAAUCCUAGAAGUCAAUAAAUGAAUAAAUUAAACAAUGGUAAGUUAUUGCUGUUAAUAUAUAUCUAUAUAUUUUUGCCAAUUGUGUACAAAAGGUGGAAGGGCAGUGUUUCAGGUUGAAGAUAUUUCUUCCUCAAGUCUACGACACAAUAUUUUUGGGGACUGAGAAUUUUGCCUUUUUAUGAAUAUUUUUAAGAUUUUAAAUGUGGCUAAAAAUUAAAGUGAAACGACACGAUGUACCUUUUUUAUCGUUUGUUUUCCUCCUCAAAUACCCAGUCAUGAUUGUAUCUAUUUUGCAGAGAGUAAGUAUAUUUUAUUUCUGAAUUUAUAAUUUUUGGGGGAGGGGGGGAUCAUGAAACAAGCAUUGACAUAUCUUCCGUUAAAGCCUUCUCUCAAAGCAAUGUACAUUUUACAACAACUGCAACAAGUCAAAUACAAAGAAUUUAUUUUAUGUGGUGUGUGGGUGGAAGGUUGCAUUAAUUGCAGUUUAAUUUGUGACAACUUUCCUCUUUUUUUAUUUUCUGUCAGGGUUUAUAGGUUUGAAUUCAACCAUAACAGUGUUUGGGGGGGGGGGGAGAGACACUAAUGGUGGGUUUGGUCACAUUUUUCUGCAACCGGUGGCCAGAUCUGCAGAGCAGAUAGAGAUCUUUUAACCUAUGGGCCACCUCUCUACCCUCCAUCUUCAGUUUGCCUAUGAAUGUGCACACCUUCCUUUCCCUGACACCACUCCCGGAAAAAAUAAAAUGGAGGGGUGAACUGUUGAUGCCUGAUCGUUUAGCCGGGGGAGUAUUGUACCUCCGUUUUCAGCUGGUCAUUGUUCAGCAGGUUGUGCGUGUACAUAUAUUAAAACCCUGUUUAUGAACUGUGACAUGGGAAAGUGGUCGGUCGACUUUUGUUUUUGGGUCUGAAGACAUUUAAAGUAAAUCCUGCCUGUAUCCUCAACCAUGACGAUUUCCCCUUCAGUCGUCCUUUCUGUCCUUCCUCCCUCAUGACUGCUUCUCAGCCAGAAGGUUUCAUUCAAUGUUAGUACUGUACAAAGUAAGAAAUGGUGGACUUAGAUACUGUUUUUGUAAUAAAAGUCAGAAGUGUAAAAAAAAAAAAAAAGACAUUGUACAUACUUAAAAACCUUAUGAGCAGAGAAGCUAUUUUCUGCUGCUUUGUUCCCCUUCUUGUUUGGUUGGAUAUUUGCUGUAUCUGUUUAAAAAAAAAAAGAAAAAAGAACAAAACAAAAAUCUAAAGUACUCCUGAGCUACUGUACAGUAUUCAGAUUUUUUCUAAAAGGGUACAGUAUGGGGUGUAGUAGGUCACAAGCACCAAUGCGCCUUUUCCUGUGUAUUUUUGACAUGGUUUUAGGGAGGGUGGUGGUUAUCGAAACAAGUCGCACCUGAACAAUCUCAAAACUUACCAAGUGAAACCUGCACGAAGAAGAAGUCGACCCUGGGGUCGAUUAGAGGUGUGAUCUGAAUGAGUUUAAAUUUGGUCAUUUAGCUUUUUUCUGGAGAGGAAUGAAGACAAUAUUCAGAAGCUCACUAUUUUUCUGAAAAAGGUUGGGCUUGCUGGGUAUGGGGUGGGGGAACGCAUCAGAACCAGGUGGCAAUAUAUCUUGAGACUUAUUUUAUAAGAAAAAAGCAAGGAAAAACUGUCUUUUAUAUAUAGAUAUAUUAUUUAAUUUUAUUUUUUGGAAAUAAAACUUGAAGCUACAGGAAUUAUUAGAUUAAUCAUGUUUUGUUUUGUAUUAAAGAUGUUAUGGUGAUGCAAAACGACACUGCAGACAGUCAUUCAGUUUGCCCUGGGGAGGAUGUGGAGUGAAAUUCAAACCAUCCUUUUGAAGAAAUGUGUCAUAUACAUGAAUAUAGUUGUAAACAUGCUGAAUCGCUGUACAGACUGAUGGCAACUGAAAAAAUGGUUUUGUUUUGAUCAUUUCUCCGAAAAAGAGACUGGAAAUCAGACUAUUUAAAUAUUUGUUUAGUAUUCAAAUGGAAUCUUUGACCACUUUUUUUUGUUCCUCUUGUUAACAAUUUUGGUGCUUGCUGAGAGAAAGCAAAAAUAACUGUUGCUCCAUUUUCAUUACUUUCUUUUUUAAGUUAUUUUGGUGGUCUGAUUGUUUUGUUUUUUUUUGCCAAUAAAUUAAUUGUACAAUAAAGUAUGUUUGUACCAUUGGAAAAAAU